UCCGGCACUAGUGCAAGUACAGGGUAGCGUAAAUACCCGCACAGUCAGCACAUACGUCUCAUACUUUGUGUAGGGCUCAUCUUUUUUCAGCACAGAUGCUUGUUAGUGCUUUCUUCAAAAACACUUUAUAAAUAUAGAUUAUACAUUAUGGGCAUCAGACAUGAGUGCACUGCAGGCUUGUAUGGAGCAAGUUGACAAGGGGACACAGCUGCUGCUAUCUCUCAGAAUUCGUUUUUUACGGUGUUUCAUCCAAUCCUCUCAUAGAAGCGGAUUAGAAGCUGUAAUGAAUCCAGGGCAAGCGCAUCCCCGACCAAGCAGUCGCUAAGCUCACCUCAGGCGCAGCUGUACAGGAGGGUGGGGCGCUGGCCUUUGAUGCUGUGACAGUUCAGAGCGCGCGCCUGGUCUCGCGACGUCUCGUGCGUGCUCUCGAGAGUCAGAGGAAAGAGACCUAGCCAAUGUGUGUCGGCGCAAAGAGGGUACCCACACACACACACCCAAAGGGCUGAAACGGCGCUCACGUGACUGGCGGCUGCUGCUGAAGAUUGAAAGAGGGAGGGAGAGACAGACACCCGGUGUAACGAGACCGGAGGGGACGGCAGUAUGGACAAUUUAAAUGAUGCCCUGGAAAAACUGAAGCUUACUGGAACUGAGUGCACAUCUGACAAACUGGAUGGGUGUUUAGAUUGCCUGCUUCAGGCGCUUGGCCAUAACAAUACAGAGAGCAGUGAAAAGAUUCAGCAAUCUGGAAUUCUUCAACUAUUUGCCAGUAUUCUGAAUUCACAAUCAUCUUGUGCUUCAAAAGUCGCUCACAUAGUAGCAGAGAUAGCAAAAAAUGAAUUAAUGCGUAUACCAUGUGUAGAAGCUGAUUUAAUUCCACCACUGGUGCAGCUUCUACACUCUAAGGAUCAAGAAGUUUUACUGCAAACAGGAAGAGCUCUUGGAAAUAUAUGCUAUGAUAACCAUUCCCUUCAAACCCAACUCAUACAAAUGGGUGUAAUUCCUAUUUUAGUGGACCUCUUAGCAGUUCAUUCUCAGAACACUGCAUUGACAGAGAUGUGCCUUGUAGCGUUUGGUAAUUUGGCAGAACUUGAGUCAAGCAAAGAGCAGUUUGCCGCUACAAAUGUUGCAGAAGUUAUUGUUAAACUUUUUAAAAAGCAAACAGAACAUGAAAAAAGGGAAGUUAUUUUUGAAGUUCUGGCUCCAUUGGCCGAAAAUGAUGCAAUCAAGAUGCAGUUGGUGGAAGCUGGCUUAGUGGAAUGCCUCCUCGAUAUAGUUCAGCAGACUGUAAAUAGUGAAAAAGAUGAUGAUGUUGCUGAAUUAAAAACGUCUUCAGAUCUUAUGGUAUUGCUACUCCUGGGUGAUGAGUCCAUGCAAAAACUCUUUGAAGGGGGAAAGGGAAGUGUCUUUCAAAGGGUGUUAUCAUGGCUUCCUUCCAACAAUCACCAACUGCAACUUGCAGGUGCCCUUGCAAUUGCAAAUUUUGCAAGGAAUGAUGGGAAUUGUAUCCAUAUGGUGGACAGUGAGAUUGUACAGAAACUUCUAGAUCUUCUAGACAGACAUGUAGAAGAUGGGAAUGUAACAGUACAACAUGCAGCACUCAGUGCCCUUAGGAACUUGGCCAUCCCGGUUGUGAAUAAAGCAAAAAUGCUGUCUGCGGGGGUUACAGAAGAAGUGCUGAAAUUUCUUCCUUCUGAAAUGCCUCCAGUGCAGUUUAAAUUACUAGGAACUUUGCGAAUGCUAAUUGAUGCACAAGCUGAAGCUGCUGAACAGUUAGGAAAGAAUGAAAAACUAGUGGAACGCUUAGUUGAAUGGUGUGAAGCCAAGGACCAUGCUGGUGUUAUGGGAGAAUCUAAUAGGCUACUCUCAGCACUCAUACGGCACAGUAAAUCGAAGGAUGUAAUUAGAACAACUGUUCAAAGUGGUGGCAUCAAGCACUUGGUCACCAUGGCAACCAGUGAACAUGUAAUAAUGCAAAAUGAAGCCCUCGUUGCUUUGGGAUUAAUAGCUGCAUUAGAAUUACAAGCUGCUGAGCGUGAUCUAGAGAGUGCUAAGUUAGUUGAGGUCCUGCACAGACUGUUAUCAGAUGAAAGAAGCGCUCCAGAGAUAAAGUACAACUCCAUGGUCCUGAUCUGUGCUGUAAUGGGCUCUGAACCUCUACACAAGGAAGUUCAGAAGCUAGCAUUCCUAGAUGUCGUAUCUAAAUUACGGAGCCAUGAGAACAAAACAGUUGCUCAGCAGGCAUCUCUAACAGAGCAGAAACUUACUGUACAGAGCUGAGAUUUGUUUGCACACAAUGUCUGUAACACUGAAUCCAUUGUUCUCCCCUGUUUUUGCCAAUGUCCCCAUUAAUUGUGAUGUUUUAUUUGUGCAUGUUUGCUAUGAUACCUCAGUUACCUUUGUUAUGAGCCACUGGAGGUACUGCUACGGCCAUAUUGUUCCACUUCUUUCCUUGUUGCUUGAACCCAAGGGUAACUGUGCAUGUGUAGUCCUUUGAUGUACCAGUGAUACUCAGUGCUCCUUUGAUGCAACCCUGAAAUGCAUUGUAGAGUAUUGCUAGAUUAGGGGUAAUAGAAAAUACAGCCAGUUCUUUUUGAAUUGGAUUAUCAAAUGUAGUAACACCAGCACCAUUUUUGGUGCUCUGUAAGCAUACUAGGAAGGGACUGUAUUGCCGCACAUUCACUAGUCUUGACUGUUGCUCUUAAACAUGUGGUACAGUACCUAGAGUUAACUAAUAAAACUUCUGGUUCCCUCUUA